AUGCAGACGCCAGCGGCCGCUAAUACGAGCGCCAGCCCGGCCCCCGUCCUGAACAACAAGCCAACUGGACGAAGUAUUUCGUACGAGGAAAUCUACAAAGCUGCCAAGUGCAGCGUGCUAGCGGACUUCUAUCGCGAGAAGCGCUAUCUUGAUCUGCGCCGCCGCAUCGCAGAGAGGGGCGAGGACGUGCAGCUGAUUCCCGUAGCCUCUGGCGAUGACGCGACCUCGCGGGCACUGGUGCGGGCGAGCACCUCCCGGCUGCUGAAGGAGCACGGCAGCGCUUCAUGGAGUGUUUCCUUCUACCAGUCCGGCGUAUACGGACUGACAGGCAUCAGCUCGAUUUCCACGGCGAUCGCGCUCUACCUCGGGAUUUACCGGAAUCGGCUUGUCCUACCCGUUGUUCCCAUGGGAGUUGCGGCGACGUGGCGCCUGUGGGGCGUGCUCGAGGAUGUCUGGAACGAGCAACGGUACAUCGACAACGCAGCGAAGAUGCGGGAGGAGCGGCAAGGCAACCCGCUGAACGCCGUCGUGAAGCGACGUCGAAAGCUGGACACGACUGCAAAGGAAGGGUCACCCGCCACAGAAUUGAUGGAGUAG